UCUGCAACGCGGGGGUGGGACUGAUGGGUCCCCUGGAGACCUGCUCUGACCACGCUAUGAAAACAAUCUUCGACGUGAACCUCUUUGGGGCCAUCCGCACCAUCCAGGCGUUCCUGCCUGCCAUGAAGCGUCGCAGGGCCGGGCGGAUCAUUGUCUCCAGCAGCAUUGGGGGACGGCCAGGGCUGCCCUUCAACUCCGUGUACUGUGCCAGCAAGUUUGCAGUGGAGGGGCUGUGCGAGAGCCUGGCCAUCGUCCUGCAGCCCUUCAACAUCCAGCGCGAGCGGACGGAGAGGGAGGCCCUCUCCCGCCGGUACCUGCAACACUGCCAGAGCCUCUUCCACGACACGGCCCAGGAGGUGGAAGAGGUCCUGCGGGUGUUCCUGGAGGCCAUCAGCACCCCCUGCCCUCCCCUGCGCUGCGUCACCACCCAGCUCUUCGCCCC